AUGCAGACAACGGUGGACGAUGAACAAACUGUAGGCGCUCACAAGUUUCUUGUCUUUGUGGAACGAAAUCGACACUCACUUCACUUGCUUGAUCGCGACCGGGCCUAUUUGAUCGCUCAAUUGGAUCAAAUGUCAGCCAACCAAUUAUCUUGGCCAAAGAGUGCCGCAGACGUGUCAGACAUGUUCGUUUUCAUGCUGCAAGCACAGUGGAUAUCCGCCCAAUACCAUGGCCGGCACCCAGACUCAGAUUUUGCAGAUAAAGAAUUGUGGAGAAUACGGGAGAAUCGAGGAGUCAAUUCUCAGGGAAAGCUUCGAGAGUAUGCAAAGGAGCGUAACAUGGAUUAUAAUAGGCUUCGGGAUACGGUUCAAGUUAACCAGAAAGCGGGAGCCAUAGAGGCGGAGUUGGGAGUUCCCGGCUUGGGAAAGACCUUAUACUCUGCCUUCAAACGACUAAGAGAUCUGAAGCAAAAUGAAAUUGAGUCAUUCUGCAGGCUAUUUCGUGCUAGUGAUUCGUUUGCAGAUUACAAGAGCUAUGCAGCUAUAGCGCUGGCAUUAUUGGACGAUUAUUUGACUCUGAUGCAGCGGCAUGAUUUAGAUCAAUAG